CCUCCUGGGCCUGGGACUGACGUCAAAGCGGAGCUGUCAAUCAGCUGCUGAGCUGCUGUUGCUGCUGCAGUCGUGUUCGGAGAGACUGGUCCUGAGGCAAACGCUUGGAAGAUGGCUUCAGCUACAGAUCCACGCUUUGGACAGAAAGAGUCUGCAGAUCAGAACUUUGAUUAUAUGUUCAAGAUCCUCAUCAUUGGGAACAGCAGUGUCGGUAAAACGUCUUUCCUGUUUCGAUAUGCUGAUGAUUCCUUCACUCCAGCGUUCGUCAGCACUGUUGGGAUUGACUUCAAAGUGAAGACUAUUUACAGGAAUGAAAAGAGGAUUAAGCUGCAGAUCUGGGACACAGCUGGUCAGGAACGAUACAGGACCAUCACCACAGCUUAUUACCGCGGGGCAAUGGGCUUUAUCUUGAUGUAUGACAUAACUAACGAAGAAUCCUUCAAUGCUGUCCAGGACUGGUCAACCCAGAUUAAGACCUACUCAUGGGACAAUGCUCAGGUCUUACUGGUUGGAAACAAGUGUGAUAUGGAGGAUGAGCGGGUAGUUUUAGCUGAGGGAGGGAAGCAGUUGGCCGAUCACUUAGGGUUUGAGUUCUUUGAAGCCAGUGCCAAGGACAACAUCAACGUCAAGCAAACAUUUGAGCGCCUGGUGGACAUCAUCUGUGAAAAGAUGUCCGAGAGCUUAGACACAGCAGACCCCGCAGUGACUGGGACCAAGCAGGGGACACAGCUGAAUGAGCAUCCAGCACCCCCUCACCAGGACUGCGGCUGUUAAACACCCACCCUUCUUCCCCCCCCCGAAACAUGUUCCAACACCUCCCUUUAUUUCAUGUUUUCCUCUUUAUCCCUGUGUCUCUGUCUACACUACCCACCCCACUUCCAGCCCUGCCCCCUUCCCUCUCCUUUUAAAUGAAGCAAGAAGGUGUGUGCAGGCAGCCAAGUGGACAGAAGUGUUAAGGGCCAGAGGAUGAUAUGUGAUAUCAUUAUGGUAUAAUCCUAAACCAGAAACAGAGGAGGGUAGCCUGUUGUGUGAUUGGAACGCACAGGUAUGUGAAACAUUUAAAACUCAUCCAGUACUGUUACAUUUCUCACCACCUCCCCCCGCUCCCAGACAGACCCUGAUUAUUACUGUGGUCAACUAGAGCCACGUGUGACAAUCAUCAUUUGGUUUACAAAGGGUUUGUUAGGAAGCUAUCUGCUUCUCCAUCCUUCCCUGCACCUUAGCUCCCUGACACUGUUCUAUUUGAGGAGGAAGGUUAGGUAUUUUUGCAAUGCAUAUUUAUUCUCACGUUUGUUUCUUUUUGUUUUCUCUGUGAUUUAUUCUGAUGUGUGAAAGUUAACCCUGUACCAUCUUUGACACACUUUGGUCUCUGUAUCUGUGUGGUACCCACACGUAUCUGUGUGCAUCUCCGUGUUUGUGUCUCUUCUCACAUUGUCCGAAUGUUUCUCCUUUUCUGUAGUUCUGUAGCUUUUACAAAUGUAUCACUGUCACUGAAGUGUGAGCAUGCAUGCGCACACAAGACCAGAAACCAGUUUCUGCCUUUGACCUCUUGCUGCAGACAUUGGGAUAGACGUGAUUUACUUACUACAUUAGCCAGCCGUAAAGCACACUACACUGCAUCCUUACCAACCAACACCACAAUGUUUGCCUUCCGAAUCUGCAAGGGAUUUCCUGUACAUCCUAAUAAGGUGGUAACAAUAAACACAAAUUGGCUUUGCUUCUCGAAAAGUAGAACUGAAAAGUAGAGUUGUUGCAUUAAACCCAAAUAGAAUCUUAGUCUGAUGCCACCCACAGCACCAGACUGUACACAGCAAGAAGAAUACAGAAGCGCUGGAGAAACGAUUUGGAAAAUGGAACUGGUAAUAGGAGGCUGAACAAAUUCAGUCACAGUUUUUCAUCUCUUUUCUUUUAAAAAACACUUGGUUAAACUGUUGACAAUAGGUCUUUAAAAUUCUGACUGGGUUUAGGGUCAGGUCGUGGGACAGGGUUCUGCAUCGGGGCCCCAGGGGGCAGCUGUAGUUGAGUCGAGGUGGGGGUGGGGGCUGCGUGCGUGCAGGGCCAGGGAGCAGGAGCAAGGCUGAUUUCUGAGAAAACGUUCCCACUUAUAGGGGACGUCAAAUGUAGAGGCUUUUGGUAGAAGACAGUCAGUGAAUAAAUCCAACAAGGAAUUGUGGGGGAAACUCUUUACCCAGAUGGUUGUGUGAGCAGAGAAACCACUUCAGUAGGGUGAAGUUGAUGCAAUUGGUAUGUUUAAGGGAAAAUGGAUAAAUGCAUGAUAAAGAAUGGUAUAGAUUGAUGGGCUAAGAUGAAGGAGUUCAUGUGGAACACAGAAUCAGCAUGGAUUAGUUGGGCUGAAUGGCCUAUUUCUGGGCUGCAACUUCUACAUAAACUGUCUGGCACUCUGAGGUAUAGAUUGGCGGCACAGUGGCUCAUCGGUUAGCACUGCUGCCUCACAGCGCCAGUGACCCAGGUUCGAUUUCAGCCGUUGGUAACUGUCUGUGUAGCAUAUGCACAUUCUCCCUGUGUCUGCGUGGGUUUCCUCCAGGUGCUCUGGUUUCCUCCCACAGUCCAAAGAUGUGCAGGCUAGGUGGAUUGGCCAUGGGAAGUUGCCCGCAGUGUUCACAGAUGUGUAGAUGGGUUACAGGAGAAAAGGUGAUGGGUCUGGGUGGGAUGUUCUGAGGGUUGGUAUGGAUUUGUUGGGCUGAAGGGCCUGUUUUUACACUGUAGGGAUGCUGUAAUUUUAAAAAAAUCACUUUAUGGAGUGAUCCUCCUCCUUGGUUCUAAUUUACCUGAAGGCAGUGUGUUACCCCAUUCCCUAAGUGACACUUUGAAACUUCAUUCUCGGGAGAUGACCUUUGCAGGUUCACAACUGUUCAACUGGCUGCCAACAUGUCAACAAUGUGGCUUCCUGGGCCACGUCAACCCCUUGUUAGGGUCAUUUGAGAAUCUGAAAAUAAUCUGGAACUUAAAGAUCAGGGUCAGCACAAGCAGCAAGAACCUGACAUCUGAUUAAAAUCCAACUGGUCGCCAGUGUCCUAUUAGGUGAUAAAACCAGCCAGUAUUCCCCCCACUGGGCCUAUAUGGGGCUCCAAUUCCACCCUUGGUCUGGUCAGCACUGAACGGCCCUCUGGCGAGGCUGACCAAAAAUUGUGUUUACACAUUUAGACACACUGUCAGAGAGAUAAACCUGUAUCACAUUUGUAAAUCAUACUCUCUAAUACCUCACCAUAAACUUUCAAACCAUACCUCUCCAUAGUAACUUCCCUCUAAUAAAGCAAGGAGAAAAAUAUGCUGGUAAACUAGCAUAACAGGUAACAAGUUAUAGAGAUGGAUGGAUACAGCAGGCCAAGC